UUGUACCUUGGUUUAUAUAGUUCGUAAAUCAGAUUUGUCAAAAUUAGUUGGAGCAUUAUGAUUGGCGAAAGUGAAGACCUCGACACCUUCCACGACUGUCGGAGCGACGAUGAGGAGUCUCCGGAGUUGGCCAUCGGCGGUGGUGAUGAGGUGAUCUGCAAGCAGGCUCCCCGAUUCGAUGAUCCCGUCCAGAUUCGCGCCGUCUUAGAGCGGGCUUCCGUUGCCACCCGGCGGCUCUUGCGGUGCUAUGGCGGCACCGACUGCGUGCCCACUCGUCCUUCGAUGACGCUCUUCUACCCCGCCACCCUGGAGGUCUGUGCCCGGCUCCACACGGACGAGAAGUGUCCCUGUCCCAAGGACAGGCAGUGCAAGUUGAUCGGCGACCCAGUGACCUUGAAGCUCCCAAUCGAACUGAAUCCGGAGAGCGGCCAGGUCAAGGUGAACAUCUUCAGGCCAAAGUCCAUCGGCACUUUCUGCGGCUGCAAUGCCCCCGAAAACCGGAAGAAGAGCAGGAGAUCCAGUGUGAGGUGGAGCGGCAAGGAGGCAGAGGGAACCCCAGGGUCAGGAGACCCAUGAAAGCACUUGAACUCCGCUGUUUUUCGCAUAAAAUUCGAUGUUCUUUAUUCGAUUUUUUGUCUUCAAAUUGUAUCUAAAACCAAAUUUACCAAA